AGACCAGGCAAUGAUGGGGCUCGUCAGCGAGUCAAAACCCGUUGCCGUUGAUAUAGAAACGGCAAAGCUUGUGGGUUUUCCGAGGUCUUCAUGUGUCACGUGUUCGGUGACUCGCUGGCCCCGCCCGCCUUGGUGACGUUUGUGUUGACGACGUUUUGGGGUGAAGCUUCUGGCUACUUAGAGGAAUCGCCGCCAUUUUCUGCUGCCGAACUGUUGACGUUGCUCUCCGAGCAGCGCUCGUGGAUUCUUCUCUGGACUCAGUAAUAGACGGAAGACGGAACAAAGGGCAGUCCUGCCGAAGAUGGCGGCCCAGAGACCAGAAGGUUCUGCUGAGCCGCAGGAGUGCAGCUCCAUUCUUGACCAGUAUGGACCUCUUCAUAUUAAAGAAGAAGGAGAGGACGAAGACAAUAUCUCCAACUUUUCAUUCGCUCCUGUGGAUGUGAAUAUUGAAGAUGAGGAGCCUCAGAUCAGCACCUUAACUCAAAACUUGAAAACAGAAGCUGAUAAAGACACCUGUGGAGCAUCGGAACCAGCUAACAACUUAGACAAACCUCUCCACUUUGAGAGGUCACCCGCUUCUGAAUAUGACACUGACGACAGUGAAGACUGGAGAGAAACUCAUUCAGAUCUAAACUCUAUGGUGAACCAAAUGGUUCAUGCAAGUGAGGAGAAAGAUGAAAGACAGAGCCUGUUUGUGCACAUGCACAGUGGAGAAAGACCAUUCAGCUGCACCCAGUGUGGUGAACAUUUUACACUGCGACAGAGCCUGAAAAACCACACAAGAAUUUAUACAGGAGAAAAACUCAGACAGGAGCAAAAUAAACACCCUGUAGUAAAACCGUCAAUCUGCACUCUGUGUGGAAAGCAUUUUACACAGAAAGGGAGCCUGAAGGAUCACAUGAGGAUUCACAAUGGUGAAAAGCCAUUCAUCUGUGGUCAGUGUGGCAAGUCUUUUGCACAGAGUGGGAACUUAAGUAAACACAUGAGAUCACACACCGGAGAAAGACCUUUCACCUGUUCUGCGUGUGGCAAAUCUUUCACACGGAGAUACAACCUCAGUUCUCAUAUAAGAGUACACUCUGGAGAAACCCCUUUCAGCUGCUCACAAUGUUGUAAACGUUUUGCACAGAGAGAGCAGCUAAAUAAACACAUGAAAAAUCACACAGAAAAACCAUACAUCUGCUCUUUAUGUGGCAAAUGCUUCACACAGAAAGGGAACCUGGAGGAUCACAUGAGAAUUCACAAUGGCGAGAGACCAUUUGUCUGUGGCCUGUGUGGCAAGUCUUUCACACAGAGAGUGCACGUAAGAGAACACAUGAAAUUACACACCGGAGAAAGAACUUUCAUCUGUUCCACGUGUGGCAAAUCUUUCACACGGAGAUACAACCUUAGUUCUCAUAUGAGAGUCCACUCUGGAGAAACCCCUUUCAGCUGCUCACAGUGUGGUAAAUGUUUUGCACAGAGAGAGCAGUUAAAUAAACACGUGAAAAAUCACACAGAAAAAACAUACAUCUGCUCUCUGUGUGGCAAAUCCUUCACACAGAAAGGGAGCCUAGGCGAUCACAUGAGAAUUCACAAUGGCGAGAGACCUUUCGUCUGUGGCCUGUGUGGUAAAUCCUUUACACAGAAAGGCAACUUGAGUAAACACAUUAAAUUACACACAGGAGAAAGACCUUUUAUCUGCUCCAAAUGUGGCAAGUCUUUCACGCAGAGAUGCUACCUCAAUGCUCACAUGAAAGUCCACUCUGGAGAAGAACCUUUCAAUUGCACAUAUGUGACUAUUCACAAUGGAGAAAAAGCUUUUGUCUGGUCACUGCGUGGCCAAUCUUUCUCACAGGAAGCAAGCAUUAAGGAUCACAUGAAAAGAUGUGCUGGAGAAAAGCCCCAUAUUUGUCCUCAAUGUGGUAAAUGUUUUAAACUGAGAGAGUACCUGGACAAACACUUGAAAAACCACACUGGAAAUAAGCCUUUCGUCUGCUCUAUCUGUAGCAAAUGUUUCACACAGAAAGGAAGCCUGAGUGAUCACAUGAGAAUUCACAAUGGUGAAAGACCUUUCAUCUGCUCUCACUGUGGCAAAUGUUUUACACAGAGAACAAACAUGAAGCGACACUUAAAGAUUCACACUCGUCAGCGAGAUGAGGCAAAGUUGAGCUCUUGAAUUCCGUUGGUGACCAGUACUAUCUGGAGUUGGAGGAUAUCUGUUCCCACCAAUGAAUUUGGACAGCCGCUAACAGGACUUUUGCCCUUUGACCAAACACUGAUCUGUUUUCCAUUAUUCUCUGUAUUGUACCACACGUAGCUCGGUGGUACGUCACCCCACCUCUGAACUGAACUGCGCGAUCAAGAGAACUGAUGCUGACAGGAAGUCACAUCAGCAGGUUCCUCUGAGUUUCUUGAAAUACGCUUUGCAGAUCGUUCUAUUAAUCUUUAGCUCAAUGUUUUCGGGUUGAUUUCAAUAGUAAUAAUAUGUCACUGAUUUAAUGGUGUUUUUAACUUUUACUAAAA